AGUUUGCUUUGCUCUAUUGAUAAGAAUAUACAUCGUUAUAAUUAGUUGACUUAUUUUUUAAAUUUAUACUUAAUACUUUAAUAGUUAAUAGCUAUGAACUAAGAUAUACUAAGAUAUAUCUCAGUUCAUGUUAAUAGCUAAUACAAUAUAUUAAGUUUAACGUAGAUAAUUUAUUAUUUUUAUUUGAUAUUUUUAAAUUUUUAUCACACCCGUUUCAACUUUUCUCGAUAUUUUUAAUUGUACGAGCUUGUAACUAAUAUGCUGUAAAUAUAUUUAACAGACACCAUGAACAUUUUGAAAGAUAGCGAUGUUAAAGAUUACCUAUCAACAUUAGACGGAUUAAGUCCAAUUCAGUGUGUGCCCACAGUCUGUCAGUGCAUUAACGAUAAUGCACCAGAAGACGUUCAUUCUAAAUAUUCUAAUAUCGCAUAUCCUUUCAGUAAUAACCUGGCCAAAUUAGCUGCCAAUCAGGAGCCAAAAAACACAAGACUGAUUAUAAUGUACAUAACAAAGAUUACUUAUUUCAAUGGAGACACAAUGCAAUUUUUAGUCAAUGAAAUGUUAGAAUGCAAAGAUGUUACAACAGUCGAACAAUAUUACAACGUUCUUGUUAAAAACUUUGAGAUGCAUCCACCAUGCGUUCAAUAUAUGGAUACAGAGUAUGAACAAUUACUACUCAGCUCGUGUAAUAAAUAUUUUGGAGAAAUGACUUUGUGGGAUUAUAUAAUAGAACUUUUGAAUCAGAUCACAAGUGGUUCUCUUUUGUAUGGUGACAAUACGGCAUUUGAUUUGGCAUUCAAAAAAUGUUUUAGUUUUUGCAUAUGCGUUCUACAAUUUGACUAUGAAGUGUCUAAAAAAAAAAAUAUUAGAUCUUUGGUUGCAAAAUGCUUAAAUCUUAAUUCUGAAAGAAAAACACGGAUGAGCGAAAUCACUAAACUUUUGGAUAUGUUAUUUAACACUGGGUAUGAUUUUCAAAUACCAAUUAUUAAUCUUGCAAUACUUGUAAGUCAGUUUAAAUGAGAUUAAAAAGAAAUUAUUUUUCUAUUGGAUCUAUGUGUUUAUGUUUUUGUCAAUAAGAUUUUUUAUUUGUAUAAAUUAAUAAUAUAAGUUUUCAUUCAUCAUGAACAGCGAAGAGAUUAAAUUAUUAUUUGGUUUAUUAAAAUUUAAAAUUCAAUUUUAUGUAUAAUUAAUACUGGUUAAAAAAGAAAAUGAUACAUUUGUAUAAUUUUAAAAUUGUUAUUAUUUCUUCUUUGAAUAUAUUAUAAUUUAUUGAAACUAGUA